CCCAUACAUACAUCCUCCUCCCCUCGCAGCCUGCACGCAGCUCCCUCCCUCCCCCAUUCUUUGCGCUCUCCUCCGAUCCGGCCGGGCCGUCCACUCGCCUUCUUGCUAGUAGCAGCUAGCCAGCCAGCCAGCUGCCGUCCCGAUUGAGACGAGAUGAGCACCAAGGCCGUCACCCUCCUUCUGACGAUCAUGGCGGCCACGCUUGCGUUCCUGGCGACCUUGCCGCUGCAGCUUCCGGGCUUCAUGGCGGACGGUGCCAGCGCGCCCAUGGACGAGGGCGAGGUGCGCGCCGCGUCCGCGGGGCUGACGGCGGCCGCCGCGGCGCUGUGGUUCGCGUGCAUGCUCAUGUUCCACUUGGAGCAGCCGGGGCGGCUCAUCGGCUUCUACGCCGCCGCGACCGUCGCCUUCGCCGCGUACCGCUCCUGGGAGGUCGCCGUGUUCAUCGUCGCCUGGCUCGUCCAGGUCAACGGCCCGCUCGCCGUCUACUACCGCCUCGCCGUCGCCGCGCCUGCGAGCCUGCUUCUGUUCUUCGGCGCCCUGCGCGCGUUCCUGUGAUGUGAGAUCGAUGACCCGCGGCUGCCACGUCAUGGCUCGCGCUCCCUCACGAGCUAGUCAGGAUCGACCCGGUAGCUAGCUAGCUAGUACUACUUUGUUAUUAGCCCGUGUGUUGGCUUUCUCAUGUCAUGUCGUCUUAGCAAGCUAAUAAGGUUAAUAAUCAUAUCUAUUCUAGUAUGUCCUGUACGUGUGCAAAUGUACGUAUGUACUACACUACUCUUCUCGUUUGGGGAUUGGUGGUGUGGCUGUGGACAUGUGAAACCUGAGCUAGCUAGCUAGCAGUAAGUGAACUAGCAGUCUA